GUGAAGCUCCCAUUCCCCGCCCCAGCAAAGACUAUCUGAGCUGGCUUUCAGUCUGAGGAAUAAUCUAUAUGCAUACAUAACAUGGAGACUUCCACAAAGCCCGUUCUUUACACUUACUUCAGAAGCUCCUGCUCCUGGAGAGUGCGAAUUGCAUUGGCUCUAAAGGGAAUCGCCUAUGAACAAGUAUCCAUAAAUCUUGUGAAGGAUGGAGGGCAGCAGAUGACUUCAGACUUUCAAGCAGUGAAUCCAAUGCAGCAAGUCCCUGCCAUCAAAAUCAAUGGCAUCACCCUCUCCCAAUCUCUAGCCAUCAUAGAGUAUCUGGAGGACACCCAACCACUCCCAAGGCUCCUUCCACAGGAUCCAAAGAAGAGAGCUCUGGUCCGGAUGAUCUCAAAUCAUGUUGCUUCUGGAAUUCAGCCACUGCAGAAUCUGGCUUUGCUGCAACAGAUGGGAGAGAAAAAACUAGAUUGGGCACAACAUGUCAUUUCUCGAGGCUUCAAAG